AUGGACAUGUGUGUGCAUGCUUGGCAAUUAUGUGGCAUUCCAUGCAAACAUGCUAUGAGGGAAACUCUACAUUCCAAAUUAGAUCCACACAAUUUUGUCUCUGAGUGGUACUCUGUGAAUAGGUACAAGUUAACAUAUGAAAAUAACAUAAAGUUAAUUCCCGACUUAGAUCAGUGGCCUGAAAUGGGGUUACUAGAUAGACCAGAAAUUAAUCCUCCAGGUAUGAGGAGAGGAGUGGGAAGGCCAGCAAGGAAUAAGAGAAGAGAUCAAGAUGAGCAAGUGAAGGGAAAAAGGUCAAAGACUGUCGCGUGUAGCAAUUGUCAGUGCUAUGGGCAUAAUUCUCAGACAUGCCAGGGUGGUCUAACUAGAAAAUAG